AUGUCUAGCCUAUGUAAACCCAGAGCUGGGUUAUGUGACAACAAGAUACAACAUGAUGAAGUAACGUGUUUAAUUUCCAUGUUCCAAUUACUCGAAAACGCCAUCAACUUCCUCCUUAUUCCGUCCGACAUGGGUAAUGUAACCCCAAAGUCGAGUAAAGAAAUACAGUGA